GCUUCCGUAAGCAAGUAGCUACGGUGUGACGCAGCGGGCUUAACUUAACGGGCAGAUCAUUUCUACUGUCAAGAUGGCGACAUCGGAACCGAAGGCACCCGAAACUGAAGAGCCGCAACCUGACACCCAAGUCGCAAACCAGGAACAGUACAUCAAACAUCCCUUGCAAAACAGAUGGGCCCUGUGGUAUUUCAAAAAUGACAAGAGUAAAACCUGGACAGAGAAUUUGCGUCUCAUUUCCAGAUUUGACACAGUGGAAGACUUUUGGGCAUUGUACAACCACAUACAACAGCCCAGCAAGCUCGUUGUUGGCUGUGACUAUUGCUUAUUCAAGGAUGGCAUUAAGCCCAUGUGGGAGGACGACCGCAACAAACUGGGGGGGCGUUGGCUGAUGACCCUCAACAAAGUCCAGCGGCACAACGACCUCGAUCGCUACUGGAUGGAGACGCUUCUGUGUUUGGUGGGCGAGUCGUUCGACGAGGCGAGCGAUGACGUGUGCGGAGCCGUGGUCAACGUCAGACACAAAGCGGACAAAAUAGCUAUCUGGACCAGCAACUGCCAAAACAGGGACGCCAUCAUCACGAUAGGGCAAAUUUACAAGGACCUUCUGAGCAUCCCCUCCAAAGCCAUGCUGGGCUACCAGUCGCACGACGACACAUCCAGCAAGAGCGGCUCCACCACCAAGAACAUGUACUCUGUUUGAAAGACCCGACCUCAACAUUGACAUUUCAACUGGCUGCGUUUAGAUUUUAACAACAAUUGCAAGCCCAAAUCAUUAUCAUCAUCAUGUUAACAUUUUUGAGUUGGAUUCAACUACCGUAGUGUUGUAGUACUCUUUCACUGGGGGGGGGAGCAACGCACCACCGCUCAAGUUCAAUGAGUUACGGUUUGUAGCUGGGCAAAAAUAACUGUUGGAGGAUUUAAAAGGUGUACAAAUGAGAUGGUUCAAGAACAGUUUUAACUUGAUUUAUUCUCUCAAGUGUUACACAAUGGGCCGGCACACCGUCUUGAAGAAUCAACAAUAUCUUAAAAGUUUAUUAAAAUAAAUAACAAUAAAAAAAUGAACUGUGGCCACGCUCCCCAGUGGUUUAGAUUUUUAAGGCCACUUAUUGUUUCAGCCAUGCUGGAAUUGUGGAUUAUUGCUUGUAGUAUUUUGUUUUUGUUGUUCUUUAUUUCUUCCCCCUUUGCCCUCUUUACAUUUAUUUAUAAUGUAUGCCUUGCAGUUGAGGUUGAAUUACUUUUAUUUUUUAUUUUUGGACAAUGUGGACUACUGCGUUCUCGAUGAGAUUUUUUUUUACAGUGUACCAUACAGUAAAGAUACUCACCCAACUUUUGUUGUGCUUUCACUGUUCUCUUGCUAACAAAAUGUAGAUAACAACACACUCCCUAUCGCUAUUGUUCCAACUUUAAAAGAUGAUAUUCAUUGUGGAAUGAUUGUUUUUUUUGUUUUUUUUUGUUUUACACAGUGUAUAUUAUCUUUUCUCCCUGGAUGUAUUUUACCUUCUUUCAAGGAAAGGUUAAGUGCUUUGCAUUAAAUCCACAGGCUGCUGCAGCUGUUGUCUUUGUCGUACCCGUAGACAUGUCAAAAGUGACACAAAAUACAUUCAAAUUUACAAUAAAUUUGACGUUUUCAGUUUCAAACAUUUUGUAUAUUUUGAAUUACCUCUUGAAUUAGAGGUGUUUUUUUUUUCCACCAGAUGAAGCGAUUAAUUGAACCACUGAGAACUAGAGUGGGCCAACUCGCAUUUUUUUGUUUUGUCAAUUAUUUGAGCAUUUAUUCAAUAUUGAUAUCCAGUUUAAGGUCCACACUUCGUCCUCAUUAGUAUGACAAUUAAGUGCACUAGCAGAACAACUGUCUUGCAAGUAAUCUUCUUUUCCAUUACUAGUACCACUUUUGGCCUACUAGUACAAUCUUAAAUUGGAUAUAGGUAGAUGCAGAUAUAAGAUAUUGAAUAAAUGCGCAAAUUGUUUUCUGUACAUGAGUACUAUCAUGUCAAAGCCAAAAGGUAGGCAGAGCUGCACUGAGUGUUGUUGGGACGUACAGAUUAGCGUUGGUAUGUGAUUUGCAACGCAUAUAUGAUUGCCCGGUAAAGUUCAACCACAUUAGUGUAUACAGUGGUACCUUGAAGUAUGAGGUAAUUUGUUUCAGAACCAUGCUCAUAACUAAAGACACUGAAAUCAUCUUUCCUCAUUGAAAUGAAUGGAAAUGCCAUAAUCUGUUCCAGCUUCCCCCCUAAAUUGUAGUUUGUUUUUUUUUGUUUUUUGUUUUUAGAAAAAUCACUGUGAUAUUGUACUUUAUAAAAACUUACAGUAAUGAAUUAAAUAGAAUGUAUAGAAAUUAAAACACUUGUUGCCACA